UUUCUUUUAUACGCUUGUGCACAUUUUUACAUAAAAAUGUCCGGAAAAUUUAUAUGCUGUGCAUUAGUGCUAAUUUCGCUAGCUGUGCUCUCGGUGAAUGCCGGCUGUGUUUGCAAUGAGAAGGGUGUCGAUUAUUGUGCCAAGCACAAGGAACCGGUAUUUGUGCGUCCCAAACCACGUUAUGUCUAUCCGAAUCCAGACCUGGAUCUCAAACCCAUCGGUGACACCUGCUCAUGCAAUAAAGUGUUCGUUGAACCGGCGACAAUGCCCAAGCCAUGUAACAAAAAGCCAACGCCAAAAUAUCCAACAUGCAAUUGUAAUUCACCGCCUACGUCAAACUAUUAUCCACAAUCGCCCAACUACCACCCACCAGCGUCCUCAACGCCCAAAUAUGGCACCGAUUAUUAUAAGCCGGCUCCACUACCACACCGACCACCAGCGCCACCAGCGCCUAGCGCAUGCGGUUGUGGGUAUUCACCAACAGCACCUGCAUAUCCUCUGCCUGAUAUAACUUAUGCAAAACCCAAAGAUACGACGAGUAACUCCAUUCCCGCUGAUCCUAUAAGCAUCAGUUUGGCUUUGCAAGCUACUAAAGCGGUAGCGGUACCCGAAGCCAAGUUAGCUUAUGGCUUUGCAAAGCAACCAGUUGAUAGUAUGAAAAAGAUUACUUUCUCCAAUGUGCCAGAGGAGAAUCUCUUCAAGUUGAAAAAUGAUGUAAUUACAUACAAAAAGCCCACACUCUCAGCAUCACCGGCGUCUGAGGAAGUGAUCGAAACCGAAGAAGAGGAAGUGGUGGAGGCGCCUGACGCACCUACCCUCACAUAUCAGCAAUUGGGCUAUGUACCCGAACAGUUUAAGAAUCCAAAGUUCCGUAAGAUCACUACAACUCAUAGUGAUGAUUAUUAUUCGAAUGAAGCCCAAGCGAUUCCGGAUAAAGUUACGGUGGAUUGCGGUUAUAGAGCUGGACGCGUUGCGGCGUAUAUCAAAAGAAAACAAAAGACAGCUGAAUAUUAUUGAGCGUAGAGCAUCGUACAGUUCUAUAAGUGACAGAUUGUAGGCGUGUUUAUAGUUAGUGUAUUGGUGUUGGUUGAUUCAGUGUUUUUAGAUAAACGAUAAUUCCAGAAAACUGGUGAUCUCAGCUGUAGGCAUUUUUUCACAAUCAGCUGAUAGUGGUUUUUCUUAAGAGACUGUACGAUGGCGUAGAGCCUAGUUUUAACAAAAGAGACCAUCAAACGAUUCAUACAUACAUAUGUAUGUAGUUCAUACUUCUGUAAGUAACGUAAGCCUUAAAAAAUUGU